AUGGCUGCUUUCAACUCUGCUCUUCGCUCCGGCGCUAUCCGCGGCCUUUCGGCUCGCGUCGCCCAACCCUCGAUGCUCUCGCGAGCCGCUCGUGUUCCCGCUGCUUCGGCUGCCAAGAACUUCUCCGUGUGGGCCCCUUCCCGCAUGAUCCCCACCAGCGCCAACGCUGCUGACACCGUCCAGGCCAACCCUGGUCCCCCUCCCCCUGUCGAGAACAUUGGUGUCGACGCCGUUCUGCGCGAGAACCCCAACUCGCAGGAGAACCACACCACCACCAUCUUCCAGGAGUUCUCGCUCGAGGGCAAGACUGCCGUCAUCACUGGUGGUAACGGUGGUCUCGGUCUCGAGAUGGCGCUUGCCUAUGUCGAGGCCGGUGCUCACGUUUACGCCAUUGACCUGCCCAAGGAGCCCUCGGAGGAGUUCAAGAUUGUCGCCGACCACUGCCGCAUCAUGGGCAAGCACCUCAAGUACGUUUCCGCCACCGUCACUGACGUUGAGGACAUCAACGCCUGCAUGGACUUUGUCAUGAAGGACUCGGGAACCGACUCGCUCGACGUCUGCGUUGCUGCUGCCGGUAUCCUCCAGACCUACGAUGCGCUCUCGUACCCUGCCGACGAGUUCCGCAAGGUGUUCGAGGUCAACACCACUGGUGUCUUCCUCACUGCCCAGGCCGCCGCCCGCAAGAUGCACGAGCAAAAGCACGUUUCGGGCUCGAUCAUCCUCAUCGCCUCGAUGUCCGGUUCCAUCGUCAACCGUGACCACCACUGGGUUGCUUACAACGCCUCCAAGUCGGCCGUGCUCCAGAUGGGCCGUAACCUUGCCGCCGAGUGGGGUCCCAAGGACAUUCGCGUCAACUGCAUUUCGCCCGGUCACAUCCGAACCCGCAUGACUGCUGCCUACCUCGACACCAACCCUCACCUGCUCGCCAAGUGGUCCGGCUCCAACCCCCUCGGCCGUCUCGGUCGCGCCCACGAGAUCCGUGGUGUCGCCGUCUGGCUCGCCUCCAGCGCUUCGAGCUUCUGCAACGGUUCCGACAUCAUCGUUUCGGGUGGUCACAACAUUUGGUAA